AUGAUAAUUGAACUUGGAGACGAAGACCACAAGAAGGAAAUUAGUGAGGACUUCACGAUCACUGUGGCCCCAGAUUCGGACAUCAAAGUGUACGAGAAAGGCAUCGCAGGUCAAACCGACUACCCAUGACUUUGAGCUAAGUUUGAUGACAAUGAUGAAUUCAUUGUUGCCACUCACUCUAAUGGAUCAAUUGAGAUCCAUGAAGCUGAUAGCUGCGACUAUGUUUGUCAUCUUGAACCUGGAGAAGAAGAAUCCAAAUAAGCCUGUCUGCACUCUUGCAAAGUGGAGACCAGGUGCUGAACCAGAUGCCAUCAUAGCAGUAGAUAUUAAAGGUGGUAUAAGGAGAUAUAGCAAAAAUGAGGAGGAAGAAAUUGCCUCAAUCACACCUGAAGACGAAGACGAAAAUCGACUCUUCGCUCUUGACUAUGCAUCUGACGGUAAAACAUUUGCCACUGGUGGAACCGAUCAUUUCGUCAGAGUGUAUGAUGAUGAGACAAUGAAGCUCAAGGUUACCUUAGAUCCGUUCUAUACGAAAAAGCCUGGCCAUACCAAUAGAAUCUUCAGUGUUGCAUUCAAUAAAACAGAUCCAACAAUGAUAGCAUCUGGAGGGUGGGAUAGCACGGUAAUAAUUCAUGACAUCAGACAGAAAGGCCCAGUUGCAGGAAUCCUUGGUCCUUACAUCUGUGGAGACGCUAUCGAUUUCACAAAUUGGGAGGUGAUCACUGGAUCAUGGCGAAACGAUAAUCAAUUACAAAAAUGGGACACCAGAACAACAGAGAAAACACUUGAUAUUGAAUGGGAUGGGGAUAAUUUUGAUACAGAAGAUCCAGUCAGGAUCUUUUCCCUUACGAAAUCUCAUAAUGACUCAAUAAACAGCUUUAUGGUAGCUGGUGGAGGAGAAGGUGAUGAACUAAGAGUUUUCAAUAAAGAUUACACCCCUGUCGCUCGUAUCUCAGAUGUCACAAGAUCAAUAUUCACCACUGAUGUAGCAAAACAUGCUGAUGCAUUCUUAUUCUCAGGAGGAGAUGGUAUCAUCAGGGUCUGCAAAGUGAUUGUCUACAACUAAUCAAGACCAAUGCCCUUGCUGGUAAGAAGCGAUAAAACUCCAUAUGUCGUUCCAAUUCUAAUUA